AUUAUUCUGCCGUGGUUCUGGUGAUACCAGUAUUGACACACAACACAUAUGAUCUGUUUUUCUUCAUGGUUUAGAAAUGCAGAGAGCAUCACGUCUGAAGAGAGAACUACAGCUACUUACUACGGAACCUCCCCCUGGGGUUACCUGCUGGCAACAUGAUGACCGUGUUGAUGAACUGCGGGCACAAGUUGUUGGCAGUUCUGGGUCACCAUAUGAGGGUGGUAUCUUUAAUCUAGAGAUUGUUGUUCCGGAAAGGUACCCUUUUGAACCACCAAAGAUUCGAUUUUUGACUCCUAUCUACCAUCCAAACAUUGACUCAUCUGGCAGAAUCUGCUUGGACAUACUUAAAUUGCCACCAAAAGGUGCCUGGAGGCCAGCUCUCAACAUAUCCACUGUACUUACUUCCAUCCAGCUACUGAUGAGUGAACCCAACCCUGAUGACCCUCUCAUGGCUGAUAUUUCAUCAGAGUUUAAAUAUAAUAGACCGGCUUUUGUAUCCAAUGCAAAGAAGUGGACAGAAAAGCAUGCUAUCAGUUUGCAGGUAACAGAAUGUGACUCAAAAGACAGGCAGGCAGCUGCAGCAGGCAAAUCCCAGAAACGUAAAAGUUCAGAGAUCACAGCUGACCCCAAAAAGUCCUGUAUGGAAUCCUGAAACAAUUAGGUCUUACUCUGAAUGUAAAUAUAAAUAUGUGUAAAGUUGGUUACCGGGGUCCUUAUGUCUCAGGAGGAGACAACGUGGUGACUUCAUCCAUUGUUUGUAUUCAUCUUUAGCAAAUAAAUUUUUCUGCUGCAGUUUGAGUAUUGUUUUGGUGCAUCAUUAACCAGAAUCAUAAGCACUGCACUACUGCUCCUAUCUUUUUCCUUUUGAAUGUUUUUGUUGCUAUUUAUCAAUACUACACAAUCUUUUUGUAUAAAGAGCUAAAUACAUUUUCAGAAUUUUUGUACAAUU